ACUGGCAGCUCGGCGGCGGAGUCUGGGCAUCGCUGGAGCCCAAAAUGGCGGAGCUGUGGAAUAGUGUUCGUUCUGCGCCAGCUGAUAAACACGAACCGCUGCCCAAGCCCCGGGAGUUAAUUGUGGUGAAAACCAGCGCGGAGGGGAAGCCUCGUCUGCCGUCUGCUUCCUCCUCCUCCAGCAGCCGCGACCUGCAUCCCGCCAAGAAGAUUCGGACUGAGGAAAAGGGCUCUAAGCCGAAGCGUGUGAAUGGCGAGGGCGGAGGGGGCGGGAGUCAUCGACCUGCCUCGGGCUUUGCUACUUCAGCGACAUGGAGUUCCCCGCUGGCGGCCAGCGGCAGCCUCUGCCUCGCCCCGCCCGGCUCGUCCCGCACUCCGCAGUCCGCGCCAGCGCCGCCUUCCGCUCGCCUCUUACCGCCCGAGAAGCCGAGGAAGUCUGGCGAGAAGCGGGACAAGGAGAAGAAGAAGCGGCGUGAAGAUGGCGCGGAGGAGAACGGGGACGUGAGGGCUGCUGCUGCCCCCGGCCUGCCUGUCACAAGUGAGAUGAAAGAGAAAAUCAAGAUCAAGGAUAAGGAGAAACAAGAAGGAAAGGAAAAGAAGGAAAAAAAGAAACACAAACUGAUGAACGAGUCCAAGAAGGAGAAUGGAGAAGUGAAGUUACUGCAGAAAGGAUCAAAUGAAAAGGCAAAGCCAAGUACAGAAGAACUGCAGAUUAAGAAAGUGAAGAAGAAAAAGAAAAAGAAACACAAAGAGGGUGAGAAACGCAAGCAGCCGAAAAUGUACAGCAAGUCCAUUCAGACCAUCUGCUCAGGGCUGGUAUCUGACGUGAGGAAACAUGACAGCCAGGAAGCCAAAAUAGGAAUUUGUGAGGCUUUUAAGGACUUUGUGGUGAAGGUGGAAGAAAAGAAGGGGGUGGCGGAGAAUGAAUCUCCAUUUGUGUCUCUGAAGGAGCCUCGUGUUCAGCACAACUUAAAGCAUUUGGACUCUCUGGAAUUCAAGCACCUUAUUCACAUAGAACACCAGCCCAAUGGCGGAGCGUCCAUAGUACACGCGUACAGCAGCGAACUCUCUCACCUGUCUCCUGUGGAGAUGCAAAGGUUUGCCGAGGAAUUUGUUAGCCUGGCGUUUGGUGAAAAUGAAAACUGUGCAGCUUAUUACGUCAUGGGGAUUGUACAUGGGGCAGCUACCUAUUUACCUGACCUUUUGGAUUACUUUUCCUUUAACUUUCCCAACUCCCCAGUCAAAAUGGAGAUCUUGGGGAAGAAGGACAUUGAGACAACAACCAUUUCCAACUUCCAUGGUCAGGUAAAGAGGACGUACUCUCAUGGUACUUACAGAGCAGGUGCAAUGAGGCAGAUCAGCCUGGUGGGCGCAGUGGAUGAGGAGGUAGGGGACUACUUCCCAGAAUUCCUGGACAUGUUAGAAGAAUCUCCUUUCCUAAAGCGAACGUUGCCUUGGGGCAUUUACUCAAGCCUUGAGCUCAAGAGCCGCAAGGACAGUGAUGACGGUCCUAUAAUGUGGGUGCGCCCAGGGGAGCAGAUGAUUCCUGUGACUGAUAUGCCAAAGUCUCCUUUUAAAAGAAAAAGGACUACCAAUGAAAUAAAAAACCUGCAGUACCUACCUCGAGCUAGUGAGCCUCGGGAAAUGUUAUUUGAAGACAGGACAAGAGCACAUGCUGAUCACAUAGGGCAAGGCUUUGAGCGUCAGACCACGGCAGCCGUAGGUGUGCUGAAGGCUGUGCACUGCGGAGAUUGGAAUGAGCAGCCCCGGAUAACCAAAGAUGUAGUAUGUUUUCAUGCUGAAGAUUUCUUAGAGGUGGUACAAAGAUUGCAGCUAGAUUUACAUGAACCCCCGCUGUCCCAGUGUGUCCAAUGGGUUGAUGACGCAAAGCUAAAUCAGCUGCGCAGAGAAGGCAUACGCUACGCUAGGAUUCAGUUAUUUGACAAUGACAUCUACUUCAUCCCAAGAAAUGUUGUGCAUCAGUUCAAGACGGUUUCUGCUGUAUGUAGCCUUGCUUGGCAUAUCCGACUCAAGACGUACCAUCCAGAGGUGGCUCAGAACACCGGUAAUUUAGAGGUAACGCCCAAUGAGAGUGAGAUCAAACCAGAGAGCGAAGACCAUACAUUUCCCUCUCAUGUACAGUGUUCUGACAUUUGGCAGCUGAAGGACCUUGAGCAGAAAGCCCAGCAAGUAAAGCGGGAGCCAGUGUCGCCCCACCAAAUGAAUGAUGCUUUUGGCAAUAUUACCCUUCCACCGGUUCCCACCACGGCCACAGAAUGUGUGACUUUUACAGUUAAGGACACCCAAGUCAAAAACGGAAGGGAAUCCCUCUUGGGACUGAUUAACACAGACUCCACAGAAAGUAGAGCUGACAGGUGGCAGUCUAGAUCUACGAACCCAAUUGUGCGGACAGAAGAGGAACCUCUGUGCUAAAAUCUGUACAUAGCUCUAUUUUCCUUUUUAUUCUACAUGACGUAACAAUAAUAAUAAUAAUAAUGUAAUGAUUGGUAAAUGAUGGGACAAGCUUUGGCUUGUUCUGUAGUCUGUUACUGAAUCUAGUUAUGUAGCGAUGUAACAUUCCUCAGUGCCUGUCCAUAACUGUGAACUGUCAAAGCACUUAGGGCCAGAUGCACUGUAAACACUGCAGGUUUAACAUAAAGUCUCUCUAAAGUUUUCAGUUUUAGGUUCUAGGAUAGAGCUGACAUUAACAUAUAUAUUUUUUGUAAGAUGAGCCAGAAUUCUUUUUGACAAUUCCCGGCUUUUCCAUAGAGCUUAUUUAUAUCAAUUUUUCAUUUUAAAGGUGUCAGCACUGUAGUGUAAAUAGCUUUUUUAAAUCUUUUUAGUGUGAUUUAUACUGAAAUGUGAACCACCUAAUAAAGGUUCAUAAUGAUG